AGGGGAGGAUUAGGCCUAACAAUAGACAUUAGGGAGAAACACCUGUACUGCAAAGAUGAAUUUGCUUGCAGUUGUUGCUGUUGCAGUGUGUGCUUUCACACAGAGUGCUUACGGUGCAUCAGACACAAUAGCUUGGUGUUACCAUGAAGAAAGCUGCGGUGAGAGCAAGUGGCCGACCAUCGCUGCUCCGUUCUGCAACGGGACGCGUCAGUCCCCCAUUAACAUCGUGACGGAGAACGCAAUGGAGGACGGAAACCUGACUGAGUUCACCUUCCAGGGUUAUGGCAGCAGCAGCGCUUUGACAAUCAUUGAGAACACCGGGAAGACUGUCAAAGUUGGUUUAAGAUCGGGGACCAAGAUCUCAGGAGGAGGCCUGUCUGAGAGCUACGACAGCCUGCAGUUCCACCUUCACUGGGGAAAUGGCACAGCGGUCCCUGGUUCAGAACAUACUGUGGAUGGCAAGCAAUACCCAAUGGAGCUUCACAUUGUCAACAGCAAAUCCUCCUUAAAUGGGAACACCAGUCUUGCUGUUGCUGAUCCUGAAGGACUAGCUGCUCUAGGUUUCCUCAUAGAGGAGCUGCCUAAUACAGAAAACCAACCAGACAGCUGGAAGACCUUGGCCUCUUACUUGUCCAACAUCACAGAGGCUGGUACCAAUGCAACAGUAGCAGCUGGGAUUUCUCUAGAUGAUCUGCUUUCAGGAGUGAACCGUACCAAUUACUACCGCUACCUCGGCUCCUUGACCACCCCUGCCUGUAACGAGGCUGUGGUUUGGACUGUGUUUAAGGACCCUAUCAGAGUCAGCAAAAACUUGAUUGACCUUUUCAGUACAACUGUGCACAUCGGCAACACAUCUUCGCCUCUGAUGGUUAAUGUGUUUCGACGUGUCCAGGCAGCACAGCCAGUCUCUACACAACCCAGGUCUGGCUCCUCAGCUCACGCCGGAUACUCUCUGGCUCUGAUGGGAAUCAGCCUUGUCAUGGGACGAGUUUAAUUUGGAGCUUGGGUUUAGCUAUUAAUUCCCUAGUAUAAAGGACUAAACAAUAAUGACCUCUCUCCUGCACAUGGUACUAUUUUUGUAUUGAAUCAUGAAACUUGCCUGGCUUGAACAACCAUGCAAAGUUGAUGCAUAUUUAAAUUUAAUUUUUUUUUUGUAUUUUCCUUGUCUCUUUGCACUGUAGAAACGUCUGAAUGUUUUAAUUGCACUUGAAUUGAACCUGAAGCGAUUUUUAGCUUGUGUAAUGAAGGUUUAAAGUGUAACUGGUUUAUGAAGGGAUUAUCUAAAUGUCUUGUACAUAUCCUCCCUCUCUGGCAUUAACUGCACAAUGUAUGAAGCUACUGGUUGAAGAUGACUUUUCAAUAAAAUAUUUAUCAGUGA